AUGGCCCGUGGUUCUACUCACCGACCUCAAUGCGCAUACGCACGCGCCUCCAGUGCACCGUACUCUACUACGGGCAAUGGUUCUACGCUCCAGCCAAAGGCGAAAGCUGCUCCAAGGAAGAAAGCCACUUCGGAGGAAAUAGCAAAGAGAAAAGCUAUGGCAGAGAAGAAGAAGGUGUGGAUCGCGAGCUUGAUCGAGUGGAAGGACCCGUUCAAUGGCGGACGGCCGUAUCAACAGGUCAAGGGGACAAUGUGUAUGUUCAAGAGCGAUGGCAAGCACGCUUAUGGCCUUACCGAGCAAGAGAUCCUUACACUCCCGCAUGAGACCAUCCAAAACUCUCGCAAGUCUUAUUAUGCCUGCGCCGACCUUGGCGCCCUUUCUCUUCGUAAACUCCACUUCAUUGAUCCUUCCUUCGUCAUCCCUCCUGAGGAUCUUGAGCGACCGAAACCUAUCUCACGGGGAUUGGUGAAUGCGCCCAGAAAGUUGAUGGAGAAAACAAAAGAUGGGCCGCGACGGAUCAAGAGCAAUUAUAAGGAGACCAGCGUGUAUAUGGCAGUGAGACGUGAGACAGAGGACACUAAAGUCGCGAUUCUGUUCGGUGCACGCUCCCUGGGUUUCAAUUUAUUCACGUAA